AUGAACGCAGCAUCACCCGUCAAGCGUCGCGCCCUCGGGGCACUUGACCCCAACGCGUGCUCGCCCAGCAAGGCGGCGAGGAGGCACGACGGCAAGCUGUUCUCGUCGUCGACACAGCAGCAGCAAAGGAGCCCGAUCAAGGCAAAGUCGGUCACACCGCGGCAAGCCUUCCCCGCGGUGACGGUGUCGGGUACCCCAGAGAAGGAGAUGGGCACCGAGUCCAGGAAACGUCGCUCUCCUACCCCCACUUUUACUAGUACUCCCCCGUUGGAGUCGGUAGCGCGGGAUAGUGAGCCGGCUGCGAAGAGGGCCUGUCUUGAGGAUGCGAGAGAGGAUGCACUGGGCGGUCGACCAGAGUCCCCGCCUUCCUCAUCAUGGACCACCAGAACCUCUGGCACGGUCCGACAGCGCUCCGCUUCUCCGGCCACGCCCUCAGUGUUUGACAACUCGGCAAUAGACAACUCACAGGUUACCAUCCUUACCGAACCGGAUGCCACAGCACCUGCACCGGUCCCCGCUGUGGCACCGUGGCCGGCCCCGCGGACUAUGCGGAGGUUAACCCGCGAGCAGGCGAGAGAGAAAGCAGAGAUCAUCCGCCUCCGCCUCGGUCUAGCAAGCUACAAAGUCCGCACCGGCCAGACAGACGUGCCGCUAGACAGGUUAGAAGCCCAACACGCCACGGCCUCAUUCUCGUCCACAUCCCUUCCCAGCCCGAGCCAGGACCAGAGCCAAACCCAAAGCCAGAACCAAGGCCGCAGCCGCAGCUCAACAUCCACGUCCACGUCCACGUCCACGUCCACGUCCACGUCCACGUCCACGUCCACGUCCACGUCCACGUCCUUCACACUUCCAGCGAAUGCCUCGUUCACAUCCACCACCAGUACCCCGGGUAAGGGGGGUAGCAGGCGGCCCCUGCCCGGCGCACCGCUCCGGCGGGCAAGCAGCAGCGUCAGCGUGAGCUUCGACAGUGACGUUGUACGCGAAGCCCCGCCGUCAAGGUGCGUGCUGCUCGAAGAGGCGCGGCUGGCGAUUGCCCGGGACGAGCGGCGACAACAACAACAACCCCAGCACUACAACCACCAGCACCACAACCGCCACCACAACCAGCAACACCCACACCAACCCCAACUCCCCCGCUACAACAACAACAACAACAACCACACUCACACCCACACCCACCAACGCCGCCAAUCCGAAGGCCUCGGCACACGGCACGACGCAAGGGGGUACAUGCACGGCAGCACCGAACACAGCGCCAUACCGCCGCGGCCGCAGACCGCCGUUGGUGUGACGGGCUCGGGCUCGGGCUCGUCGUCGUCAAUGUCGUUUGAGAGGCGGGUGAGCCUUGUUGGUGAUGCCACCAGGGGCAAUGUCAGGGAUAGGAAUGCCAGGGAAGGGGGUGAGGGUGGGGAUGAGGAUGAGGAAGGGAGGGGUGGGGCGGCCAGUGGAUUGCUCAGCCUGGCGAGGAGCUAG